AUGGGCGAAGAAAAGGAGGAUGAUCUGGCAAUUUCUACGCUCACCUUGCGAAAUCUUCAAGGUUAUCCUGAUUCUGAAGAAACAAAAGAAAAAGAAGGUGAACAAGUAAAGGAAGAAGUUGAACAAAAAGAUGAAGAUGAAGGUGAUGCUGAAAAAUUAGCAGAGAAUGAGAAUGAAGAUGAAGAUUCUGAAGGAGAUACUGAUGCAAUACCAAUAUUGGAUGACACUGAAGAGGACAGGGAAAAUGCUGCAUUGGAAGGAGAAGACAUUAAACAAGAAAAGAGAUCUAGCACUGGAAAGGGAAAGGUACAAGAAGAAGAAGUCUCAUCUCAACUUGAAGGUACCAAAAUAGGGGGAGACCAUGAAAAAACUCAUGCACCCACUGCUAAUGAUGGCAUUAGUCGAUCUCUUGCAGAUGCUGAAGAUGUCUUUGAUUCUCAUUUCCCUGAAGUUGAGGUUGAAGAAGAAACUCUGAAUCAGGACAAGCAACAAAUUGCAAGCGUUCAAGUUGAUGUUCCUUCACUUCCGGAUACUCCAUAG